ACGGCGUACGGGGCCGGGCAGUGGCUCGGCUCCGCGACCCUGCCGGGCUUCUCGGACUCGCGGGGGCGCCGGCGGGCGCUGCUGCUCUGCCUGGCCUGCUCCGCCGCGGGCUACGGGGCGGCGCUGGCGGCCCUGCGGUCGGGGGGCCCGGCGCUGCUCCUGCUGAGCAGGCUUCGGCGGCGAGCGAGGGGGGGAGGUGGGAAGGAGAAGGCCUUUGUCAGAAAGCACGGAAGUCCCCCGGCCUUGUGAGGAGCUUCUCAAGCCUUCCCCGAGGGCAGAAAGCACGUCUCAGGAGGCGCGAGGGCUUCUGA